AUGGACGAAUACUCCUCCGGCACAGGCGGGAAGCUCAAGCUCAAGGGCUCCAAGGUCGCCGACGGCCGGGUAAAGAAGAAGAAGAGCAAGAAGAGCUCGUCUUCGACUAAUGCUGGCGCCGGUGCCGCUGGCAGCACUACGGAGUCUGGCGCUACCGGCGAAAGGGAGAAGGAGAAGGAUGUGGCUGCCGAGGAGACAUCCGGUGGUGCUACUGCUACUGCUGCAGCAGUCCCAGAGGAGCAGGAGGAUGGAUCGAACCCGUCAACCGGGACAUCGACGCCGACGCACGCGCACACGCAUGCGAAGACGGAGGCUGAGAGGAGACAUGAAGAGACGAGGAGGAAACGGGUUCAAGAGCGCUUGAAGCGGGAGGGUGUCAAGACGCAUAAGGAGCGCGUUGAAGAAUUGAAUAAGUACCUCAGCAGGCUGAGUGAGCAUCAUGAUAUGCCGAAGAUUGGUCCUGGUUAA